UGACAGCUGUUACACCACAUCACAAUCAAAUCAAACCUCGACAAGUUCACAUCCGGAAACGGUCUGAGGCGAUUAUGUAACUGCGGAGGAACCGGUUCCGUUUGCUUUAAAACCAUUCUCGAUACCUUCGUUAACUCGGAUAGUUUAUAUGCUUCACUUUCCCGGAAAACCAGCUGAGAAACUGCAGAGAAAUCAGAUUAAACCGAGAAUAAAAAUAUAGGUUUCUGUCCAGCUCGGUGUUACGUAAUACCUCUCCAAAUCCCUCCUGCUCUCGCGAGAUUUGGCUGAUGGAAGUGUCAGAGUGUCAACAACGGACAGGCAGCGGCUCGGCGUCAGUGUCUGGAGCGGGGAGGUGGGUCGUGCGGAGGCGGUUUAAACGCGAGUGAGUUCGGAAUUAUUGUGUUUUAUUGAACGUUAAAUUAAACUCUAAAAUAAGGAGCUUUUGUUUGUAUUCAUGAAGUAUGUCUCACAUCCCCAUGACUAGUGCAGUUUGUGAGCGUUAGCAUUAGCUUGCUAACGUGUAACGCUAGGUGCUGUUUUGCGAACCUGUAAGUGUAAAUUCUCACGGUAAGUUAGUGCAGCUUCGUUUAGCAGCUAGCACGGAUAUUAUCUAGUUGUGCUGGGACUAUUUGGUGGCAGUAACGACCUCUGCGGUGGAUCUCAUGCUGGUUUCUCUGGAGUUAGUUGACUCCUCCGCUGUUAUUAUUCUGACAUGUCAAGUUUGGAGGAAAAUGUUUUCCUGUGUGAAGUCCUGACAUGUCAGCUCGCGGCCCGUCAGGAUGUGGCCCUGGUAAAUAAUCUAUCCAGACCCCGCUGAGGACAGCCGGAGCGGCUCUGUGGUCCAGACAGGCCGGUGUUCGGCCUGCGUCCCUCCCUGCUAACCGUUGGCUGGUGGGACUGCUGGAAACCUUCCUCCUGAGGAUGAUCUUAUUGUCCUCUGCCUCUUGUGUUCUUCAUGGUGCAGUAGUUUUUGAAACACCUGAAGACGCAGCAGAACACUAGUCUGAGAUGGGGGAUGACCGGCCGUUUGUCUGCACCGCUCCUGGAUGUGGGCAGAGGUUCACAAACGAAGACCACCUGUCCGUCCACAAACACAAGCAUGAAAUGACGUUAAAGUUCGGUCCUGCCAGGACGGACUCCGUCAUCAUCGCAGACCAGACGCCCACUCCCACUCGCUUCCUGAAGAACUGCGAGGAGGUCGGUUUGUUCAACGAGCUGGCCACCUCCUUUGAACAGGAGUUCAGCAAAGCACAUGAAGAUGAACACAAGACUAAACACCCUGCUGCACUAUUGCAAACCCCCUCUGAAGUCAAAGAAGAGGACGAGGGUCCUUUACAAGUGGACUCCUCCCCUCCUGGAAGUCCCGAUUCCUCCUCCAGCAUGUCUGACAACAGCGGAGAUUCCAGGGAGAUGAUCACCAAACCCACGGCGAGCUCUGCUCCCACCCCGACCAUCGUGCGUCCGGGAUCUCUGCCCCUUCAUCUGAGCAACGACUCUUUACAUCCCACUCUGCCAUCGCCGACCUCCGUGAUCACACAAGCCCCGCCCUCCAACAGACAGCUGGGAUCUCCUACGAGUGCAUAUCCACUGAUGAGACAUCUUCCUAACGGACAGACGGUCCCUCUUUUACCCAGUCCUGUUCAGAUGACUUCAGUCAUAUCUCUCGCACGGCCAGUGAACUCCGUGGCCAACAUCCCUGGGAUCCCAGGACCCCCAGUUAGAGGGGUCAGCAGUGGGUCGUCCUCCCCGUCCGAGUUCAGCCUUCAUCCUGAGACCAAGAUGCGGCUGAAGGCGGCUCUGUCUCAAGGCCCGUCAGCACCAGAUGGAGCAGCUGUCAGGUCCGGAUCCAUUCCGGCAGUCCCACAGCGGCAGGAGCAGAGCCAGCAGCCCACACAGAAUUCUGACGCUCCGUCGCCCGCUCAACCACAGGUGUCCCCUGCUCAGCCAACAGGGGGCCGGCGGCGGCGUGCAGCGGAGAUGGACCCCGAUGAGAGGAGGCAGCGCUUCUUGGAACGGAACCGGGCGGCUGCGUCUCGCUGCAGACAGAAGCGGAAGCUGUGGGUGAACUCUUUGGAGAAAAAGGCAGAAGAUCUGGCCAGCAUGAAUGUUUCUUUGACUAGCGAAGUGACCCUCCUGAGGAACGAGGUGGCCCAGCUGAAGCAGCUCCUCCUGGCCCACAAAGACUGCCCGGUCACCGUCAUGCAGAAGAAGGCAGCGAUGUUGGCCGCAGGAGGGGAGGAGCCUAAUCGGGACGUUUCAGAGCCCGUCGGUUCUCCGGCUGGAGUCAUCCAGCACGGCCCGUCACCUCCGGCGUCAGCCUCCAGCCCGAGGGCCACCAUCAACGGGCUGAACGUCCGCGCCGCCGAGGCGGUGGCCAUGUCGGUCCUCGCCGGCAUGGGGUCGGGCCAGCCUGGAGGGGUUGUCAUGGCAACGCAGUCGCAGCAAUCCCCGAGAUGAUGCGCACGGCGGAGGCAGCCAAAGUGAACUGAAGAUGCUUUUGGAGGCCGGAUGGUUGCACAGGCCCCGCCCACUCAGCCUGCUCCCCUAAUGACGUAACCCCGCCCCCCAUAGCUUCGGAUAAUCUGACGGAUGCGGCUCAGGAGCCCCCAUCCACCCUCCAGAAGAAGUUCCAUCGCUCUGCGUCUGUAAAUAUGAAGAACUCGUGGAACUCUCACUCUGCCGGUUUCAGGGUCAUUUCUAUGUUCAGUUCUGCUCGUUGAAAAAGAAACAAAAGUCUUGGGAGAAACCUCAUGAUCUGGGCCGGGCGCUAUUCUGACCUUCAGACAAACCAGAAAAUACCGUUCUGUUUC